AUGUCCCACCGCAACAGCGGCUUCUGCGUCGGAGUGGACUUUGGCACCACAUUCACGUCGGUCGCCUUUGCCCAUUCCUCCUCGGCGGGCGAAGUGAAGCUUGUCCAAACCUGGCCGCACAGCAGCACCGGCAGCAGCAGCGCCGACCAAGUCCCGAGCGUCGUUUACUACACCAACCCCGCGACCCGCGCGAAAUGCUGGGGCUACGAGACGCUGCCAAGGCACAUCCGCCCCGCCCCAAAGCCAAUGCAAUGGUUCAAACUCCUCUUGCAGAUGAAUAACUCGGCUUCGCGCCGCGCCGGCGCACCGGGACUAGAAACUACCUUUCACCAGCUGCAACUGGCGAAUCCGGGACCCGCCGGCAAUUGCUCGCCGAGUUCCGUCGGCAGUCACAGCUUUACGGCACUGACUAUUACGCCCGCGCAGGAGACAGCAGACUUCCUUCAGGCCGUUCGCGAGCUCGCCGUGGCAUCCAUCAAGCAGUCGUACGAGUUCGGAUGGGUUGAGAGCAGUAAAAUAACCUACAUCCUCACCGUCCCCGCCAUUUGGAGCGAUAGUGCCAGGAACCUCAUGAUUCAGGCGGCCGAGAGGGCCGGGUACGGAAGCCAUCGAGUCAAUUUUAACUUCGUGUCUGAGCCGGAGGCCGCUGCUGCGUAUACGCUGAAGGUUGUGCAGCCGAAUAAUCUCAAACUGGGGGAUACGUUCAUCAUUUGUGAUGCGGGUGGCGGAACAGUUGACGUGAUCUCCUACAAGAUUACCGAGUUGAAUCCGUUGCGCACCGAUGAGAGCGUGUGUGGUACCGGUGAUCUCUGUGGAUCCGUCUUCUUGGAUGAGAGGUUCGAACAAUACAUGCUUCGUCUACUCGGAGACCAGGUAAUCGAUAAGAUGAAGCCCCGAUCGAAAGCCGAAAUGAUGCGCACCUGGGAAGAGAAGGUGAAGCUCAAGUUUGGGAAUGAUGUCAACGAAGACAUGCUCGAGGUCACUGUUCCAGGUGUAGCCGACAACCCCGCCCUCAGCGUCGAAGACGGUUUCCACUUCAUGACUACGGCUGCCGUGCAGCAAAUCUUCAAUCCAAUUAUCGACCGCAUAGUGAAGCUGGUCGAACAGCAGGUUAAUGGUGUCCAAGAUCAGGGGGAACACGUCGCAGCCAUUCUCCUCGUGGGCGGUUCCGGUUGCUCCCAAUACCUCCUCGAAAAACUGAAGCAAGGGCGGUUCGGGGGUAGGGGAAAAAUCCCGGUUCUACAGCCAGUCAACGCGCAGUCAGCCAUCGCCCGCGGAGCCCUCCAGCGAGGGCUCGAGGGCUCGAUGGUUCACAAGCGCCUCUCCCGCCGGAGUUACGGGUACCUAUCACACAAACAGUACGCCGGCACGAUGGCGGCAGACGUGAAGGCACGGAAGGAGUGGGAUCCGGGGCACAGUUUCUGGAAGGUCGGAGGUAACCUCACUUGGUACAUCCGGCGCAACGAGGUUGUUGCACAGACCGCCCUCGUCACCCAACUCUACACACGCAAGGUCCCUGUUCCGAGCAACGGUUUCUCACCUAGACUUGUAUUCGAGGACUUCCUCGUCUCCUGCGAUCUUGAUACUCCGCCGGACUACAAUUUCCAAGAUCCGAGUGCGAUCACGACGGUCUGCUAUAUGUACUCCGACCUUUCCAGUGUACCGUGCUCGAGUUUCGAUGUCCGGAUGGGUUCGGAUGGGAAGCAGUACUAUAUUAUCGACUAUGACGUGACGAUGAAGAUUGUGGAUGAGGUGAUUAAGUUUGAGAUGCUGCAUGAGGGAAUUAGCUAUGGCGUAGUCACGGCAAAGUUUGAUGAGCAGUAGAGGUGGAUUAUUCGCGACGGGUAACGUAACCACCCGCCAACUCGGC